AUGGCAGCUUCCCCGCUAGAUAGCUCUAGCACCCCACGCCCACGCCCUCGUCCUACCGCUGCUGCGGCUGCUGUCACCACUACAACAACAACAACUGCUGCUGCUGCUGCUGCUGCUUCCAUAGCUCUUCAACAAGCUCCUCCAGGCUCCAGGAGCGUUCCCAUGGAAGAUACAUAUCCCCAGUUUUCUACCCGGAAACGUCCUCGUCUUGACAGUGGCGACCAUUUAAACGAGCCUAUCCCCAUGUCUGCCCCCUCCCAAAGCACUGCCGUUGUUGGUGCCAGUGACAGCCUUGUUACUUCUACCACUACCACCACCACGACUACUACUGCUACUACUACUACUACUACUACUACUACUACUACUUCUGCAGCUGUGGCCGGCAACGCAACGAAUCCUGCUCUCGUGCCCAGCCCCAAAUCACCCGGUUCUCAACGUGCCUGCAGCAGAGUUACUAUCAAUGUGAAGUCCCCCCUUUUGCCCAGUGGCUCCCCGUCUUCUCAUGUCACCGCAGAAACCACAAUACCUGGGCGCAGUGUCCUUUUGCCGCGAGAUACCGCUUUGCCGGAGCAACAGCAACAGCAACAGCAACAGCAACAGCAACAACACCCUCUACAACGACAAGGGCAAGGACUGCAGCAAGAACAUGAUGGAGAAGUACAGACGCAACACCCAAAAUCUCCGGAUAUAGCACCGCAUACGCCCGCUGCUAUAUCUAUAACCUCGUCGCCGUCCCACAGCCCUGAGAUUGAGGUCGCGGAGGUGGAAGAUAUGGAUCAGGACCCUAGCACGUCAAACUGGAGAUCUUUAGAAGAUGCCCUCAGGGCCCCCGAAGAACCUGACCUUGUGCGCAUGCAUGACCACGUCUCGUUGGCCGACUCUUUCCCACGAUUCCGUCGUGAUUGUGAUGUGCGGGAAGCUGUGGAGGAGAUCUCAAGUUUUGUUGAGAGGGGUCAUCCUCACGAUGCAGCAAUCUUUGUGUCAGUUAAGAACUGGCUUGAACUCUGCUCGAAUAACCUAAAUCAGAUUACUUAUGCUACGGUCGCCGACGAUCAGGAUCUAUGGGAGGAGGUGCCGUUGCUAAUGGAAGGCCUUUUGCGGCGGCAGAUCGAUUUUCAACCGGACGAAGGACAGGGGCCCUGGAAAUGCUUGGAGGAGUUCUCCGUGGCAUUUGGCCGGCUUGCCAUCCAUAUGAUCCGCCUUGAUAUCCCAACGCUGCAACUUCAUCCAAAGGACGCAGCCUCCCCGCCAAACUUGCUUUCAAAGACAUACCUUCCCGCCUUGGGAUGGUUGCUACAGAUGCACACGAUUCCAUUUUACAAGACCAUUGAGCGGAUCUAUGGUGUUGAGGUUGUUAACUUGGUGUCUAGCAUUAACGAUCAACUUACUCCAGGUCCCGUAAAUGCGGUGAGGCACCUCUCCGAUUUUGCGCAAUUGCUUCUCAAGACACUGCAGCAGUGGCCGCAGUAUUCUUCUACCUUCAUCGCCCUGCUGACUAUCGCCCACAACAUUAUCGAUUCCGGAUUGGAGCGGAGGAGGCAUUGUGCGGACGACGACCUGGUUUCCACGGCGGAACUUGCUGAUGCAAUCGAUGCGGCAUAUUUGUUUUUCCGCUCUAUUGAUGUGGAGUAUCAGUCUUAUAUUUCGAAAAAGUCCUCGUGGGUUACUAAUGAGAGCAGCGAAUCGGUGCUUCGCUUCAUUGGGUUUUCGUAUCAUAAUAUUGCCGUGUUAAAUCAUCAGUUGGCAUUGCAAAUGUCGCGGGAUCUAGGUGUUGAUGUUCCUGAAAACGCGAAACCGGAAGAGUAUCCUGCAAUCAUCCAUUUAGGUUGGAAAUUUCAAGUUUUGAAGAGACAUAUCACUGAGGGUCGAAUGGAGCUCCGAGUCUAUGGCAUGGAAACAAUGCAGACGGAUCUCGUUGCGGUCUGGCGGCAGCAUAUCCAGGGUAACCCCGCUGGUAUCAGUUAUCCCAUCAUCCAGUAUCUUGUCAAAUUCCUGAGGGAUAACAAGAUCGUGGAAUAUAUUGUCGGUGUGGAUUCGCACCCUCAGUUGAUUAGUCGGAGUGGAAAUGUUGUAGGUUUCCUUGUUGUCACAGCCACAUAUACUGAUAACGACACGGACAUCAUCUGGAACACUGUAACGCAAAGUCAAGACCCUAGAACCGUGGCGGAGGUGCUGGGGAUGCUCACCCGGACAUUUUCGAUGCAUCAAUCCGGAUCGAACGCUUUGACGUACAUUUGUACUAAACUAAUCGAACUACCUUUAAACCGCUUCGAUACGAGGGUGCUUGAGUACACCGACUGCCUAUUCAAUAACCUGAGGGAAAAACACGCGGAGAGAAUGCGUCAUCACGGCUUUGGCCAGCCACAUGCAAACAUCGUCCCACACCGCUUAUGUGUCCGUUUGAUUCGCGAGGCGGCGUCCAUUCGGGAGUUCUCCGUUGAGCAGCAAACCAGCAUACAAAAGUUUGCUAGCAAACAGCUUUCCAAUUUACUAUCUGUGGGUCUGGACGACAAUGAUAAAAUGGCAAUGUACAAAGAGUGUAUCGAUGAUAUUUCCGAAAUGAACGAAUUCGCUGUUGGCAGCAUUCAGGCCCUGAACGCCCUGUUGUCCCCUUACGACAUCCAAGAUAUACGACGGCUGGCGCUCGACUUUGACUUUACGCGGUUAAUAGUCACGGAAUUGGCACAUGCGUUCGACACUACCUCGCCAGACACGGACUUCUCAGAUCCCACCGUACGAAACUGUCUGCGUCCGCGUAUUCAGCUAUUACAUCGCAUCAUCGACAAAGUCCCUGAAACAAUCACCCCAGAGCUAAGCGAAAUUCUCUGGAACCACGUCUUCAUGUCCAAACCCAUUGGCGACUGUGGUCGCAGUCUGGCAUGGGAAACGCUACCCAAAGUAACAUCCCGCUCCACAAAACGCAACACCUUCCUCGAACGCUAUCUAAACGUUUACCUCCCCCGCAUUGCGCCGGAAGACUACACAGUAGACAUCCUUGCCUUCGCCGAACAAGCUAUCACUUAUGAAAUGCGCUUUGACCCACCCCCCAUCGCCCACGAACACGAAAUUAUCACUAUCCCUGGAAUGGAUCGUAUUUGGCACUUCAUCCUCACAGCUCUGCCAGGCACGAUUGAAAAUAGAGCUACCAACUUUGCUAUUGAGGUCUAUCUUGACCAUGGGCUCAUUCGACGUGCGCCACGGUCUGCGGCAGAGGCUACACAUGUUGCCCUUGUCGAGCGCUGUGUCAGCCAACUCACGGACGCGGCGGCGAAGUGUAAAGCGUUCACCGACGGGUCUACGAGUGGUAGUGAAGAUGAGCCUAUGGUUAUUGUACCGUCGGACGGGGAGGUGCGUGCUGAAGAGUUAAGAUUUACACGGUCGUUACUGUUUCUGCGUCAGUUGUUACAGGGCUUAAGAACACGGCCGCAGUAUACACCGUUGCAAGUUAGCCCGUCAGAAUUACUUCUGAAAGCCGACAACGACGAAAAUGGCCUCGUCAAACUCUCCUAUCAAGCCUUCACCGGGCACUCGCAGACGCGCAUCCGCAUCAUAGAGCUCAGCGACCUAACCACAGGCGCGCAGCUGGCGGAGAAGUUAUCGCGGUUGACAGGGUUCAAGAGCUUUUCCAGCUUUAGCUGUGGGAGGCGGUUGGAUUUGGCGGCUUGUGGUGACAGGACGAUUAGAGAGUUGAAGCUUGUUGGGUCCGGGUUGUUGAUGGUUAGAAAGAAUCCGGAUGGGGAUGAUGGUGGUAGUGUUGAUGGUAGUCCUAGUGCUGGUGGUGGUGGUGGUACGGGGGCAAGGAGGCAGUCACUGACGUUGGUGGAUUCGGAGGUUUUGAAGCAUUUUGAUGAAUUGUAUGAUUUGCUGGGCCUGGAGGAGAAGUUGUCGAAGGAGAUAUACGACUUCUUGGUUGUCUUCCCCCCUCAGCAGCGGGUUCGAGAUUUUGUUAGAUCCAAGAACAUAGCGGAACCAGAGAUGUUUCCGUUAGAGAAGCCAUACAAACUCCUCUACUCUAUAAACGCUCUUAUUGCCUGUAUUAGAGAAGAUAUUUUAGAGACAAACCCAGAUCAAGAGUUUAUAUCUCACAGCAUCCAAAACUUGGUUGCAUUCCUUACCCGACCGCAGAUGUCUGAUAGUUUAAAAGACAAUCCGUUGAAGUUUUCUUUUGCAUGCAAUUUCGUGGAAUGUCUCCUUCUAGCUUUGACAGCCAAACCAUUGCCCGAAGACUCCGAGCAGUAUUUCUCCAAUCCCUCAGCCCUCGCCAAUCGACUUCUCUCCAUCAUAUCCCUCGGCCGCGACCUUUCAUCCACAAAACUCCCCGAGAUCUCCAUCCAAAGAUUAAUCUCAAAUUCCUUCGCCGUUAUCAUCGAAGCUUCCAUUCAUGACAGCCGUGUCUGGGACGCAGUGGAACAAACCAUGCAAAUAAAGGAUCUCAUCUACGCCCUCCUCCUAGCUGAACCUCGCCAAGGCAUCCGCAAGGGAGUUGCCGAAAUUAUCUUUUCCACUUGCGGCACUCACCCGUCGCAGAAGCGGGCGUGGUGGAAGGGGAAUCAAACGAAAGAGGAGGUUGCGGUUUCUCGUAAACUCCCCACUGCCACGACGAUACAUAUUGUGGCAACGCUGUGGAAAGAUAUUUCGGGGCUGUUCCCUGAUACGCUGCGGUUUGCGAAGUCGUCACAGGAAUUUUUUGAGGUUGCUCUUGUGGUUUUUCAGACGGUUGCGAAUUUGUCGCCGGGAGAUUUAAUUUUUGGAGAGUACUUGAGGGUUUGGGGAGAUAUAUUGCUUACGCAUCGCACGCAUGAAUUUGUCGGUCGAGAGCCUGUUGACUAUGUCGUCCUGGGAUUUACACACCUGUUGAAAAUGUGUUUGGAGCUGGCGCAUGCCACGAUCAGCUCCGUGGAUACGAGUAAUCUUAUGGAAGAUUUGUUCACGACCUACCUAUUUCCCGACCUCUCAGAAAUCUCCGAGACGGAGCCAAUUCAGCCAAACGUUCCCGUCAUGCACACUGCCACCAGACAGGAAUUGUAUAACAUUCUUUUACGUUUGUGUGAAGAUCAAUCGAAUUGUGAAAAAAUGCUGACAUUGCUUGCUGAUGUAAUUCCACAUGAUUACACGUACGAACCAAACUGGGUGUUCGAUCGACAUAAAACAAUCCGCUCUCCAGAAGGUUAUGCCGGCUUGAAGAAUUUGUCCAACACUUGCUAUCUGAACUCCCUAUUUACUCAGUUAUUCAUGAACCUCGAUUUUCGCAAGUUCAUGAUCGAGGUACAUGUUGCUGACGUGGACUCCACACAAAAACUACUUGCGGAAACGAAAAAGGUGUUUGCCUACAUGCAAAAUACAUGGCAGAAAAGCGUCGAUACACAGGCGGCAGUUGAUACCAUCCGGACCUAUGACAAUGAGCCUAUAGAUAUCAAUGUUCAGAUGGACGUGGAUGAGUUCUACAAUUUGCUGUUUGAUCGAUGGGAGAGCCAGAUCCUGUCAUCGGAGGACAAGAAGCUCUUCAGGUCCUUUUAUGGUGGCCAGCUUGUUCAGCAGAUUAAGUCGAAGGAGUGUCCACAUAUUUCGGAGCGGCUUGAGCCGUUUUCUGCAAUACAGUGUGAUAUCAAGGGUAAGGCUGGACUUGAGGAUAGUUUGCGUGCUUACGUUGAGGGGGAGGUGAUGCAGGGAGAUAAUAAGUACUCAUGCACUUCGUGUGGGCGUCAUGUCGAUGCUGUUAAGAGGGCUUGUUUGAAAGACCUCCCGGAUAACUUGAUAUUCCAUCUCAAGCGUUUCGACUUUGAUGUCAUAUCCAUGAUACGCAGCAAGAUUAACGAUGAAUUCCAAUUCCCAGAACGCCUUGAUAUGACUCCAUACACAGUUGAUUAUCUAAGUAACCCAGGAACUCCGAUUUCGCCAGAUGUCUUCGAGCUGGUUGGUGUUCUCGUGCACAGUGGCACUGCCGAGUCUGGACACUAUUAUUCGUAUAUCAGGGAGCGCCCCACCGCCGCUGAUACCAGUGCUUCUUGGGUUGAAUUCAAUGACUCGGACGUGAGCAGGUUUGAUCCUGCUAAGAUACCCGACCAGUGUUUUGGAGGUAUGAACGAGCCCAUUCACGGCACGUCUUUAGGCCAGGUUCGGUUUAAUAAAGUGUGGAAUGCCUACAUGCUGUUUUACCAGCGGGUUUCUAGUAUGGAGAAGGCCAAGUCUGUCUAUGCUGCAUCGCUCGGGGAUUCACCUGUCAGUGUUCCACUCCCUUUGGAGCUUGGAAAUCACAUUGCCAUGGAGAAUGAACUUUUCAUUCGGACCUACUGCCUUCUAGACCCUUACCAUGCAUACUUCGUCCGCUCUCUACUGGAACAAACGAGGAAAUUCUCUGCUAUUGGGGAAAGGGGGUUCAAUAAGAUACGCAAAGCGGCCAUCUUUAUCGCACUGGAUAAUUUGGACCAGAUUAUCUCGAGGUCGAAAGAGUUACCAGAAUUAGAAAAUAUAAUCAUCGAACUGGGGCGGAAUGUCACCGAAAACACCAAGGGGGCUAUGGCAGUCCUUCGCUGGACUGUUGUUCGUCCCUUGGGUAUUCGAGAUCUUCUGCUAAAGAGCCCCAAUAACGUUGUUCGUGAUGGGUUCUGUCGACUUUUAGUUACCGCUCUCGAACGGCUGCAGGAGCCACUAGUCGAAGAAACUCUUGAGAAUGACGAAUUGGUCCGCUAUGAAAACGACUAUACGACUAUGGUCGAUGCUGUUGUUGAUACUCUCGAUCAGCUGUGGGGUUGCCUUCAUAUAUACUCGCGGGCUUGGGAUGACUAUUUUGAGCUGCUCCUCGGCCUUGCUAACCUUGGUCCUUACCCUGUUCAAGUCAUGCUCGAUCAUGGCUUCCUGCUCAAGUGCUUGGAAAUUGUCUGGCUGGAUAGAGAGGACAACAAGCGACUGAAACGGCAAUAUGGCAGUUAUGUCCGGCUUGUUGAAAAGGGGCGCAAAUAUUCGCACUUCAAGCUUGUGGAGGUGCUUUAUGUCCUGAUGACUCAUAUCGAUUUUGCACUGGCACCUUCGCCAGACAAUCAGCCUCGAGAUUGCGUUAUGGGUAAAUAUUCACUCACCAGGUCGGAAGGGGAGCUGGUUCGACCGAUCGGGAGGAACAGAGAUCUAAUUCUUUUGAAGAAAAUUCUCGAGCAACAGGCGAAUCCACCAGUAUCCAGGAAGAUAGUGAGCGUCUUUCUAGCUGCUGAUCCUGAAUGUGGUCUGACGGAAAGCAUCUGCAAGGUCCUCGAGGAAGGCCUGCGAGUAUCCCCUGCGUACCUAUGCGUUCCUUUCCUGGAAGCAACGUUAGUUUUCUGCCAAAUGUCCUCAGAUAUCGACCAGAUAACCAAUCUGAUCGACUACGUGUCCAAGGGCGUGGAGUCCAUCAACGAUAGUGGAGGGCGUGAACAUCUCGCCUUUUUCCAAUCACUGAUAAACCUUCAAAAUGAUAAGAUGUCUAAGGAUGAGUUUUGGUUCUGGAGUGCAGUGGUCGACCGGAUACCUGACUGGGCGCCCACGCUUCUUCAUUACCCCGAGAGAAGCGUGCGGAAUAACACGUUUGAUUUCUUGCGACAGCUCCUCUUUUCAAAAGAGUAUGAGGAAAUUGGCGACGAGUUCAGGCAGUUCUACAAGAAGAUCGGUAAGGAUCUGACGCAGGCGUGUGUAGAGAAGUUGCGAAGAACGUAUCUCUCAACAGAUGCUCAGCCGGCGGAAGUCCGGUCGAUGGAGACGAUUGCUCUCGUCAUUACCCAUUGUAUAGACGUGUAUUAUGACGAGAAUGACACAGAGGAUAUGGAGUUUGUUCAGCAAGCUACAGCUGUAAUCUCUGCUCUGGAGCAGUUAUCCGUCGAACUCCCGGAUGAAAUGGCGUCUGAUUCUGACUUCCCUUCAGAUGGUUGGGAUGAAAAUUCGAUGAUGGGGAGCGAUUCCGAUAUUGGCCUGACCGGGUCGCCAUAA